AUGAGCUACAGAAGUUCUGAUAUGAAACAACAAAAUAAAAAUAAAUAUAAGUUUCCCUUGUUCUUCUACAAAAAUAAAUAUUCAAGUGCUAAGCAAAGUGCUGAUCAAGGAAUCAAUCAGAUAAAUAAUACUCCAGAUGAUUACUCCAACCAACACACAGGUGAUAAGGUUUCAACAGUUUUUCAAAACAAUAUAAAUAAAAAUAAUUCAUCCACUUACAAUAGCAAUUCGAACAUGCACUACAAGAGAAGAAGAAACUUUAGUGGGGUUGGAAGUGGCGUGGCAAACGAAAGGGAAAAUGGAAAAGAAAACGGAAAAGAAAAUGGAAAAGAAAACGGAAAAGAAAACGGAAAAGAAAAUGGAAAAGAAAACGGAAAAGAAAACGGAAAAGAAAACGGAAAAGAAAACGGAAAAGAAAAUGGAAAGAAUAGAUCCAAUAUGACUAGUUAUAAUGACAGUAUGUACCAUUUUGAAAAAGAGAAAAGUGUGAAUGCAGAAAUAUCUGAAACAGGAGGAGAUAUCCAUAACUCAUAUCGUGUGGAAAAUGGAGAUAGAAAUAACAGGAGCGAUAGUGUUCAUAAUGCAAUCAGAAGUGGAAUUAAAAGUACAAACAUCAACAAAAACCCGAGGAAUGCAAAUAGAAACGCAGGAAAUGUGAAUAAAAAUGCAGGAAGUGUGAACAACAUGAGUUGGAACACGAACAACAGUGGUGGAAACACGAACAACAGUGGUGGAAACACGAACAACAGUGGUGGAAACACAAACAACAGUGGUAGGAAUCUGAAAGGGAGUGUAAGUGGCUACAAUCAUGGGAAAUUUAACAGCAGUAAAAAUUCAUAUAACUUUCACGCAAAAAAAGAGGGAAAACAGAAUUAUGAGAAUUAUUUAAGUGGUAUGCAAGACGGCGCAAACGGUGCAAACGGUGCAAGCGGGGCAAACGGGGCAGGCGGAACAAACAGCGCACACGGAUCAAAUGCCACCAAUCAUAAUAACACCAUGAAUCACAGAAAUAAGAAUUACAAGAAUUACAAUUUAGAAAAUAAUAGAGAUAAUUACCUAAAUGUGAGCAAUCCAAAAAAUAUGAAUCGAUAUUAUGAUGGUGAUGAUAGUGCACCCUACGUGAACAUUUCAGAACAGAAGAAGAUUAAUUAUUUCACCACUUCUGGAAAUAAUAACAGAAGUAGUGGUGGUACCUACCAUCAAGGGGGCCGGGGUCCCAAUACAAACACACACAAUAAUGCUGCUGAUCAUGUGAAUGUACAGAACAACAACCAGAUGCGGAGAUUUGACAACAACAAUUCCAUUGAUCACAUGAAAAGAGAAGAUGUAGAAUCAAAGAAAAGUGCAUUACAAAAUACGACAAUUUUGAAUAACGAAAAAAAUAAUACUGUUCUAAAUAUUAUGAAUGGAGGGAAAAGUAAUGGAGAACUGGAAAAGGUAAAAACUAGGUAUGCAAAGAAAGAACAUGUAUAUGAGGAAGAGGUAGAGAGGGGAGAAGAAGAAGAAGAAGAAGAAUAUGGAGAAGACGGUGGUGAUGACUAUGAUGAUGAUGAAGAAGAAGAGGAAUGCUGCUAUGAGGAAGUAUCACGACAACAUAACGAACAGGAGCAGCAGCAGCAGCAGCAGGAGGAGGGAGAGAAGAGAAAGAAGAAGAUUAAUGAUGUAAAUAGUUCGUAUAUGAAAAAUUCACAAACGGUUGCUGGUGGAAGAACAAGUAACUAUAGUGACAGCUGCAACAGAAGUAGAAGGGAGAUCGAUACGACGAAGAAUGAGGCACAAAUUUUUAAACACACACUCAGUGAUGAUGUGAAUGUUCCCGCUGGUGGAAGAGAGGAACGAACAAAAGAAUUGGUAACCAGAAGGAAUAGACAAAAUGACGAUUAUGAUUAUGAUGAUGAUUAUGAUGAAAAUUAUGAUGAAGAUUAUGAUGAAGAUUAUGAUGGAGGUUAUGAUAACAGUGGCAAAAAUGUCAUUUAUGACGAUGGCAAAGUUAAUGAUGAUGGCUGUGAUCACAUAAAAUCAAGGGAGGAAAACAACCCUACAAGCAGCAGCGUGAAUAAUAAAAAUUUAAACACAUGCAAUGGAAGCGCUUAUAACAUAUCAUACAUGUUUAUAUAUCAGUAUUACUAUGUGUUACAUACAAAGAAGGAGAUGAUGCACAAUUUUUAUGCUGAGAAUGCCAUAUUGAUGGUAAGUUUUAAUUAUCAAAAUUGGAAAAACAAGAACAGGAGUGAUGACAAUAAUGGUGGCAAUGAUAACAGACGUGGAAUUGGAGAGAAGACUACUCCAUGUGAGAUGGAUACACGGUGCGAGCCGACUAACCAAAUUGGAGAUGCUGGGAAUAAUGCCAAGUUGUCUAGAGCAAUGGGUUCUUCGAACCUUGAGGAAAGCACAGAUGAAGAACAAAACAUGGAGGCAGAUAGAUUUUUUAAUCUUGGUCAAAUUAAUAUUGAGGGCUGUGAACGAAGCAUUAACAUGAUAAAAAUGAAAAAUAGAGAAAUGAUUGCAGAAUAUUAUCACCAAUUAGAAGUAAAGGAAUGCACAGUUCAUAUAAAUUCAAUCGAAGUUGUAAAUUUGCAUGAUGAAAUAUAUAUGUAUAUAUAUGGAAAAAUAAAAAAAAGCAAAACUACUAAUGUGUAUUAUUAUUUUGUGCAGAAUAUACAUCUUCACAAAUACACAAUGUAUCAGUAUUAUGUAGAUGUCGAUUUUAUACACUACUACUAUCACCACAUCAUAGACUCAGAUACAGAUGCAAUGAUGAAUCAAGAAAGUGAAAAAAAAAAAAAAAUAAAUAUCAACGAGAACAUUUCAGAUUUGAAAAGAAAAGAUAAUAUUAUAAAGAAGCAGAAAAAAAGUAAGAAAAUAAAUACAAAUCUCAAUCCUACCAUUGUAGACAAAACGGAAUGUGUUGUCAAUGUUAAAGCCCCAUAUGUUGCAACCUCUAGAAAUGGUUCCUACUCCAAGGAGCAUGUUCCAGUUCUAGAUGGAAAAAAUGGAAUGUAUAACCAAAUGGCUAGUGAACAAAAUAAAGAAACAGAGAAAAAAACAGAACAUGUUACUACUUCCUCAAGGGAGGGUGGGGAAAAAAAAAAAAAAAACAGCACAGAUGAUGGCAAAGUCAAAUUAUUCACCACCAGUAAACAACAUGAAGUGAAUUACACAAGAGGAAGAAGAUCAUCCUACACUACCAUAGCAAAGCAGUACUUGGUAAGAGAUGAGGAAACGGGGUGUGCCAAUUUGCCUCUGUAUGACAAUGCAGAAGUGGAAGGGGAGGAAGAUUUAGAAGUAUAUGAAGAAGAAGACAUUGAAGCAUUCGAAGAUGUUGAAGCGAACGAAGAUGCUGAAGCGUAUGAAGAAGAAGAAGAGGAUAUCGAGGUGUAUGAAGAAGAUGUAGAGGAAGAGACAGAAGCAGAUGUGGAAAUGGCAAAAUUAAAUAGAGAAAGAGAACGAAGAGUAAAAAAAGGUGAUAAAAAAUUCACGUAUCUGAAAAGUGAUGAAAUGAGCUUACUGAAAAGAAAAGAUGAAAAUUAUAAAUUGGAAAAGAAGGAGAUUAAGAAUCACGUAUUGCCAUCUGUAGAAAAUGGUACUAUGAAAAAAUGCGAGAAAGGAAAAAAUGAAAAUGAAGAAAAUACAACAAAUGGUACUAGUAGUAAUACUUUGACAAAGGGCAUAGGAAAAGGUGUUAAUCCAAAGAACGUGAUAAACAGCAAAUCAUUGAACACCAUAUAUCCAGAUUACAAUGAUGCAGAUGGAAGUAGAGGAGAUAAGCUUAAAGAAAAGACACUUGUCACUCAAGCUGGAAGUGCUAUUAAUAACGCUGGUGUAACUUCUUCUGUGAUGAACUCAUGUAAUAACGUGAAUAAUUCUGAAAAAAAUAGCAGCGUGAAGGCAAUCGAGGAAAAGACAAAACAUGAAAAGGAGGGAAAUAUGACAAUGCCAAGGGCGAAUUCUAUUAAAAAUGGAGCAGUAGAACCCGAGAAAUUUUCCCAUGGAAAGAAAGAAACUUUAACGAAAUCAUUCUCAGUGACAGAUUCCAAAACAGAAAAAAAAAAUAAAAACGAUAAGGCGUGGAAUGUCGAAAGUGAAGGAGGAAAAUGUCCACAAAUGGAAACAAUUUUAAAAGAAGAAAAAAAUAUGAAUGAAAAUGCAAAGAAAAAGAAAAAAGAAAAAAGUACCAAGGUGGAUCCAAAUAGCUGGGUUUUUAGAGUUAUGAAAAAUAAUCAAAAUGAAAGUACAAAAGAUAAGUUAAAUAAAAAUGGUAGCACCAAGAAAUUUGAAGAAUCGAUGGGAAAAAGAAAGGAGAAAUCAUCUGGUCAGCACAAACAUAAUGAGGUGGCCUCCAAAUAUGGUGAAAGAACGAAGCAAGGAGAAAAGACAAAACAGAGCCGAGAAGAAGAAGUAGAAGAAGACGAAGAAGAAAAUGAAGAUGAUGCCCAUUUAGAAGACGAAGAAGAAAUCAAUGUGAAUGAUAAAAAAAUCAUUAUUCAUAAUAUACACAAAAGCAUGGAUAAAAAAAAAAUUAACGAUUGCAUAAUUGACCGACUUAAGAAUUACAAUGACGGGCAUGCAGUACAGAUAGAUAUAUAUCAAAGAUCAUUUAAAAAAAAUUUCCCCAAUUCUUUUAGUUAUGCGAAUUAUGAAAAGGCAAAAACAUCUGAGUACUAUUCAUAUGCCAUUGCUGAAUUGGACUGUCGUCAGAGCCAACAACUUUUGUUAGAUCUAGGUUUGUAUUGUAAUGGUAUAAAAUUGAAUAUUGAAAAUUUUAAGGAAAAAAGAAAGAUAAUUGAUAUAUCUUCUAAGAGGUAUAACAAAAAAUUUACACCCUUUGGCAAUGCCACUCUUGACAUUCCAAAAUCCAAGGAAGACCGAUUUAGAAAUUCCUUUUUUCGAGGACCCACAACAACGGUCACUGCUUUCGGUGCGGCUCAGUUUAGAAGCAAAAGGAACAACAUUUUUGUCAAAUGA